AUGGCCUUCAGAACUUACACUGACUCCAAACUCCAUGAGUAUCGGAAACUUGAAGAGAAGCCGUGUAAAUGUACUGCGUGUGGGAGAGCCUUCAGUGAUCCCCAGUGCUCCCAGAAGGUUGAGGGCCCCAACCCUGGAGCCAGAACCCACAAGUGUGAGCAGUGUGGACGUGUCUUCAGUCGUCCCACCUCCCCUGAAAUACUUGAAAGCACCAUACAGAAGCUGUAUGUGUGUCAGCAGUGUGGAAAAGCUUUUAGUUCUUCCAGUUACAUUAAAAUUCACGAAAGGACGCACAGUGGAGAAAAGCCUUAUGUGUGUAGCUACUGUGGGAAGGCCUUCCGGCAGUCCAGUCACCGCAUCCGGCAUGAAAGAACUCACACUGGAGAGAAGCCCUGUGCAUGUGAGCAGUGUGGGAAAACCUUCUAUUCUUUGAGUGAUGUUCGAAAACAUGAACGAAUUCACAGUGGUGAAAAGCCCUUUCUGUGUAAGGAGUGCGGGAAAGCCUUCAGUGACUCAAGUUCCUUGCACAAACAUAAAAUAACUCACACUGAAGAGAAGCCUUACGUAUGCAGACAGUGUGGAAAAGCCUUUAGGUCCUGCGGCUAUCUGACCAUACAUGAGAGGACUCACACUGGAGAGAAACCUUAUGUCUGUAAUCAGUGUGGGAAAGCAUUUGGGCAAUCCAGUCACUGUCUCAUUCAUGAGAGAACUCACACUGGAGAGAAGCCCUAUGUGUGUAAGCAGUGCGGGAAAGCCUUCUUUACUCUGAGUGGUCGUCGGAAACAUGAACGAACUCACAAUGAAGAGAAACCCUUCCUCUGUAAUGAAUGUGGGGAAGCUUUCAGUGAUUCUAGUUCCUUACACACACACAAAAUAAAACACUGGGGAGAAGCUUUAUGUAUGUAA